AUGACUGCUGCCAUUAGCCAGCCACGCUCUGGUAUCCUCCUCCAGCAACAAGAUUGGCCUUCCUCGUCGUCGGCAGCAUCGUCAACACCAUCUUCAACAGCGGACUCGUCACUCAUAAGUCUCACCCCCGCCUCAACUCCAACAGUACCAGCAGCCUUCCGCCAGCCUUCACCACCGACCUCGAGAAAAAUCCGUUUUGCACCCCUACCAGACCCUCGUCGUGCUGUCCUCAUCGACGAAAACGGCGCAGAAGUCCCAAUUCCAUUCGGUGAAGACGCAACCCAGAUUCCAUCAUGCCCCGUAUCUCCAGCGGUGGCGCCAGUGGACCUUCUGGCCCAUGACACUUCCAGUUUGAGUAGUUUCGGAUCUUCAAAACGAAACAGCGAUACCGACCCCUCGACAACGCCUGGAACAACGACCCCAGCGUCCACUCCCAGCGAAUACGAUAACUCACGCCCGGGGUCCCCGUCCCUCGCUCCAAUCCCACUCCCGCCGCUGUUGCCUUCAAAGGUGCAGCCUCUGCCCAAUUCUCAAUGGCCCAGAUCCAAAGGUCUCUCCCUCUUGCGCCCUUUCAAGCGCUCCUCCGGCUCACCUUCAUCUUCGUCCAACACCCUGACGCCCACGCCUUCCAUCGACCGCACUGCAAAUGGCAAUUCGGGACGUAAAGGGAUUUCCACAGAGGAGAUUCUGACCCUGGGCACCAUCAACCUCUUCCGUGCCUCCUCAAGGGAGAGUUCCAAGAGUUCUGAUUCUGGUGCCGGCUGGAGUCUGACGCGUUGGGCCAGCACUGGCGGCGGCAACCAACCGAUAAAGCAAUGGGGCGCUCCUCUCACCCGCAGCGAGAGCUCUCAAUCCACCCAGUCGUACCGUUCGAAAACAGCAUCGUUACUUUCUGGGCUCAGGCCCUCGACAGCGCCGAGUCGAUCGAAGCCGUCCUCCAUGACGAAACGAGGAGGCACUCGCAUGUUGAAUGGUCGAGUCUACGGCGGACGUCGACUGAACCCCAACGCCAAUCUCUUUGCCAAUGCUCCAGACACCGAACCCGAGUUUGUUGAGUGGGGAUAUGGUGGCAUGGGUAGCGUGAGAGGGGCGAAGAGCGCCGGCGCCGCUUCUCGCUGGGAGCGCCUUCACGGAAGCUCCCAAGACGAGGACUUAGAGGACGGUGGUGGAAUGGCUUGGGUCAAGAAACGAAAAGAAGAAAGAGAGAAGAAGGCGAGGGAAGAGAGAGAGGCUAAGGAGAAGGCUGAGAAGGAAGCAGCAGCGAAAGAGGCAGGUGCCGGUGCCGUGUCUGACAGCGGCGAGCCUCCAGGAGACGAUACAUCAACCGCCCCGCCCCCCAUUCCAAACGCCGUCUCUGAAUCCUCUGCUCCCACACCCAGAGCCAGCACGCCUGAUGCAUCUAUCUCCAACAUCAACCCUCUGGCGAAGGCAUCUUCCAUCUCCGUCAACACCCAUCACAGCGCCUCCACUGCGGUGCCCGCGUCCCCCACACUCUCGCCAACUCGCGAAGUUGCAUCGCUCACGAAUCACGUCCCCGCUGAAGAUGAUCACGUCUUCACCACCAUGGCUGUCCCCAUGCCCCGACCCCAUCGACCGCGUAGUAACACUCGAGAUGGCAGAGAUGGUCUCGUCCAACCGAUCUGCAGCCCCGCGUCCGACGUCGAAGAGAAAGGCUUCCACUUUGAUGUGCAAGUCGUCUCUCAGAGUCGAGACUCGAGUACCGAUUCAGAUUCGGAAACUUCCUCCUCAGAUUCCGAGAAUGAUGACGAUGAUGAGGAAGAAGAUGAGGACGAGGAGGAAGUCCAGCAACAGGCGGCGAUGGUGAUUGGCGCUGGUAUGGAGAAGAUUAGCCGACACAGGACAGCCGAGGUGGACCAUUAUCACUCAUAA